GAACUUAUUUCCCAUGAGGUUAUAUUGCAGCUGCUGUUUUUUCCACCGCUCAUUCACUUAACUGUAGUAACGCAGCCUUUUUUUUUCUUGCCUCGUUGUUUAUGCAAUACGCGUGUGGGGAGUUUGUUACAGGAAGCCUGGCCGCUGCGGCUUUUAUGUGCGUGCGUAAUUUCUCCAAAAGUGGCGAGGCUGGAGCCCUGUGCGCGACGCCUCGUUCGCCGUGUGCGCCAUGUUAAUGUGGCCGCACUUAUGUGGCUGCGUGUUGGUGAAAAUGAGGGAUGACAACACUCCUGGAUGGAGGGAUUACUUCCAUGAAGUCACUUAAACAAAGUGGGAAAUUUGGGAGGGUACGAGGCUGACAGGAAGCGAGAGGAGCUUCUCCGGAGUGGCACCCACACCGGGAAUGAUGGAUUAUCAACAAAGGACUCUCUCCUGGGUCAGAUACCGCUAUAUUCCUCGGGAUAUACCGAUCCGUUAAGACACUACUCCAACGCGGCCACAUAUGGAGCGGCCAACAUGCAGGAGAAGGUUUACCCGGCGUCCUACUACCAGCAAACGGGCGCGGCGGCCGCGGCCAUCUACGGCCGGGCCGGCGGCGGAGGGGCGCCCUGCGACUACAACCCGGUCGGGACUUUCUACAAGGACGCGGACGGCUCGUGCGCUUUCACGAGCCGCGAGGACCAGCCGCUGUUCGUCAGUCAGGAGCAUCAGCAGCGCAAGGCGGAGUGCCCCGAGCAAGCUGUCAGCAUGAGCAGCAGCAUCGACGACAAGUCCUCCACUCUGAUCUACCCCUGGAUGCAGAGGAUGAACGCCUGCUCCGCCGAUACACCCCUUCAGAUUUUGAGUGCAGUUUCAGGGCCAUUUGGCAGCAGUGGCCGCAGGGGCCGACAGACCUACACCCGCUACCAGACUCUGGAGCUGGAGAAGGAGUUCCACUUUAACCGCUACCUGACCAGGAGGCGCCGGAUAGAGAUCUCACACGCCCUGUGCCUGACGGAGAGACAGAUCAAAAUCUGGUUUCAGAACCGCAGGAUGAAGUGGAAAAAGGAGAACAAACUCCUCAAUCCCUCAAAGACACCCGAAGACGAGGAGCAAGCUGAGAAGAAGAGCUAAAAAAAAAAAAAAAAAAAAAAAGGACACUGAAACAAAGGCAUGUGUGCGUGUGUGUGUUGAAGUGCACACCCCUAAAAUAAAACCAUGUAUUAUUUCUUUGUAGAUAUAAAAGUGCUGCAAACCACAUGUUAGAGACGUGUGGAGUGACUUAAUUUCAGUUUCUGCACGGUGACAGUGUCCGCAUUAGGUUAAAACCAGGUCCUCCUCUGUUUGUCCUUGUGCUCGUGUCUUUAUUUAGGGGACUAUGCAAAAAAAUAUAUAUAUGUUAAAAAACAAAACAAACAAAAAAAAAAAAUCCAACAAAAUGUACAUAAUAAUUAUUUGUGUUUAGUUCCGGACAAACGAUGUUACCUCAUUAUCGUAGAGUUUUAUUUUUCCAUCUUUUAAACUUAAAGGAAAAAAAAAGAAAGAAAAAAAAGAUUUGUCCUUCACUGUACAUCUUGUGGUGUAGUUUUGCCCUGUGAUAGUCUAUUGUUGUUUACAGCUGUGCCAUCGACAUGUUCAAUUUGUACAGAAAAAUGUUACAUGUUAUUUAUUGUUGUGUGUUCAAUGCACAUCUGGAUAUUGUGUGCAAUAUUUUGUUUAGGAAACUGUACAUAGAAAUAAAGGCUUUUUGAUGUAUA